AUGUCCAUACUAUUUCUAUCACUACUGUUCUUAUCUAUCUAUCUAUCUAUCUAUCUAUCUAUCUAUCUAUCUAUCUAUCUAUGUCUCCUACUUGUUCGUGCCUCGCAGUCACAAGAGGAGCGUGCCACCUGCUUGGCUGGUAAAGCUGCCUGCAGGGCUUCGUUGCGAUCAAGGCUCAAGAAUGCACAACGGUCGAGAAUGAACGCACAGUCUGCAGCAACCACCUCUGCAUCUCAGGCUUCCGAGACUCAUCAUCAAAGGCUUCUUGGUAACGUAAGAAACUCUGCUGCCACUGCGAAAUCAAGGGCAAUAGGGACACUUGACCGUAAGCGCGCCAGUCAAUCCAGAGACGCUGCUCCGUCGAAGGCAGUAGAAAUACCUGCCCGUAGGCGCGCCCGGCAAUCCAGUGCUGUAACAGCGACCGCAAGGGCUGCUGAGACUUCACUUCGUAGGGACGCUACUGCAACAGCAACAGCAACUCCUUGGGCUGCUAAGACACUGCUCCGUAGGUCUGUUCGAAAUGCUAAAAAUACGGCCACCACUGCAGGUCAAGGGCAGCUGAAACAUUCGACCGAAGACGCGCCCGUCAAUCCAGGGAUGAUGCUGCAACAGCUAGGUCAAGGGAGUCCGAGAGAGGUGCAGCGGGCAACCCGCAAUGCCCGCGACGCUGCAGCGACUUCUGCUGCCAGAAACCCCCACGGGCCACAGACAAUGGCAAACAGACUUUUAAGGGCUUCUGAAAACAUGGCCGCUGUGCGCUUAUCCCAAACUCCCCAAUCUCGCCGCAUACGCCUCGAUGGCGACAUUCAGCGCCUUGCGGCCGUCCGUGAUGUUACCUGUCCCAGUAGCUCUUUUUGGUCUUUCUUGGCUUUCAAUUACGACCCCGGUAUUAACUUAACUACGCGUGUCGACAUGAAUGUAGUCUCCAUGACCUGCGUUUGCCAAUUCUGCAACACCCGCAAAUGGGCCAGGGAGCCUGCCGGUCUGUUCUGCUCCUCCGGCAAAGUUCGACUGCCACCUCUGCAUGAACCACCUACCCCACUGAGGGGACUAACAGCCGGCUCCCAUCCCGACUCCAAACACUUCUUUAAAACAAUUAGGCAAUACAACAACUCCUUUCAAAUGAUCUCAUUUGUGGCUCAGGUGGUUAGAGAAGAGGGUUGGAUGCCAACUUUCAAAGUACACGGUCAGUUAUACCACCGCACUGGGUCUCUGCUGCUUGAGGAGACCUCUACACCUAAAUUCCUUCAGCUGUACAUUAUUGCAGGCUACAACCUACAGGCCAAUACCCGGAUUGGUAUUUUGCCGCCGUCGGGAAGAGUUCCUCGCAGGGACCUCAUACUACUAUUUCAGGCCAUGCUUCACAUUCGCAGUUUCAAAUAUGCUUUGGAAAAUGCUCCCUUUCCUUCCUUCAGCAUUGUAAUUGACGCCGACAAACGGCCUCAUGAUGAACACGAACGCCGCUACAAUGCUCCUGCGUGCAACGAAGUGGCCGCUAUUAUACAUGGGGAGCAAGACGUACUCGCGAUAUUGUCCUCAAAUCAAGAUGCGACGCUCUUCGCAGGAUUUCAGAGAUCCAUCGAUCAUAUGACGCAUUGCAGUACCUUUUACUUUUAA